AAGUAUGUGCAAAAUAAGAUUUAUUUUCAAGAUCUGAUGUAAACACAUCAUGUCGAAGUUAAACUGGAGAUAAAAAGUCUGAUUCGGAAUAUUUUAAUUUUGAUUCAAUAUAAUUAAGCCAAAUUAUAAACGUUUAAAUUCAGUCAUGCUUUCUCAACGUACAUAUUUAAUAAGUGGUGUUGAAGCUUUUUAUUGUCAAUUUUAUUUUCAAUGGAUUUCAAUGUGGUUUUGACUUAGUUAGUAGGACAGAUUAACUUCAAAAAUGAAUUUCUUAAUUGGACUGUUAGCAAUUAUUGUGAGACUGCAGGGUGCUUAUAUUGCAAGCAACACUAUCCUCAUGAACGACAUGUUUAAGAACCUUAGUUUGAAUCAUAUGUUUAUGACGGAAAACGGAACGUCACUUUAUGUGACGGGCAAGAAUCACAUUUACCACUUAGAUACAGCGAAACAUUUUCAUGACCUAACUGAGAUUGAUAAAGUGAAAACUGGACCAAACGAUGUUGCGAACGGCGAGUUCAAAAUCGACGAUUUUACCAAUAUCGUGAUGCCGUAUGGUACAGACAAUUUCAUAACGUGCGGUAGCAGUUACACAUUCUGUCAUAAACGAUUCCUAGAAAACAUCUCUGACUGGACCAAAGGAUUUGAACCCGCCAUCAACAGCAGUGCUGCAGUGGCAUUUGUUGCUGAUUUUGAAAGUAAAAUGUACUUGUUCGUUGGGUGCCCACAUGGAAACAAGCAACAAAAGAACCUCUGUAAAAAAUUCGGGAUAUAUUGGUUUGAGAACUUUGAUAUGACACGAAAAACAACAACGUUUAAAAAUGCUGAUGACUUACUGCUGAUAACAGAUACUUAUGUUAAGGGAUUCGCUAUUGAUCAUCACCGACUGUUUUUCAGCAUACAACGAAAUAAGACAGAUAAUUCUACUGUCAGCAGAGUUGCAAAUGUUUGUCAGAAGCUUGAUUCUGCUCCGAAUACGUAUGUGGAUAUGGAACUGAAAUGUGGAGACUUCAAUUAUCUGCAAGCUGUUGCAAAGAGGUGCUUUGAAGAAGAAUGUAUAAUUGUUGCUACAUUUACCCAAGGAGAACACUCGGUCGUUUGUGCAUACCGAUUCUCGGAGAUUAAAUCGAGUUUGGCAGUCAAUGUUAAGCGAUGCUACAAUAAAACUCUUCAACUGCCUUCCGAUAUGUAUGACUACUUCCAUUAUCCGAACUAUAGGCCAUGUACUGGAGAUGCUAUCGAUCUAACCGGAAUCAACGCCACUGACGACUAUUUCUUAUGUAACGAAUACGGAUUCUCAAGUUUGAAAGACGUGAUAGGCGACACAGCCCAGCAGAUGAAUGCCAGUGUACGUCUGAACCACACGGUCGUAACUGCCCUCACCUUGGUGUCCACCCGUGGCCGUGUGCUUGCUCUACUAGGGACAGCUGAGGGAGAAAUAAUUAAGGCAUUAGUGUAUCCAAGGGAAGCGGCUAUGGUCCUGCCCUGGAGCGCUGUUGUGGAUAGUCGCCACGCAGUACUGUCGGACAUGAUUGUGUACGAAUACACAUUGUAUGCAUUCUCGGAAAAUGUGGUAAGAAAAAUAGAGUUGGCGGACUGUUCCGUGUUUUCAACUUGUGACAAAUGUAUGGAAAGCAAUGAUGUUUUUCUGUGGAUGGUGUAUGUUGGAUAAUAGGUGCACGACGAGCACAGAGUGCUCAAAUUCUCAGUGGAUAUUGGCUGAAGGCUCAGCGAGUUUCUGUCCACAAAUAAACCAAACAUGUCCUAGCGUGAUCAGAACAGAUGAAUAUUCCGAGUUGACACUUACCUUGUCCCAUACCUUGAGUACUGAACUAGAGUUGAGAUGCCAGUUUGAAACAUUGGUCGAAAACAAGACUAUAUUGAUGAACAGCAGUGUUCCGGGGUAGACAGGGGCGACGAGGUAACGGUUAUGUGCAGCCCUCCGGACUGGACGGAACUAGAACAUUACAUCAAAGGUACGGCCAGUUUGUCUGUCCUGCUCUUCACAAACGUUUCCUCUAAGGCUGUAAUGAGAGGGGAGUUAACUGUGUUUGAAUGCGAAACGUUUACAAGAUGUGGCAAGUGCAGUUUUAGUCGUUGGACAUGCAAAUGGUGUCCUUUGGAGGGACGUUGUAUCAAAGACAAUAAUUCAUGCAAUGGAAAUGAGAGUUCUGAAGAGAUAGAUGAAAAAAGCAGUUGUCCACGUGUUACUAACUACUCUGUUUCUGCUCCAAACAUUUUGGAUGGUUCCGGUGAUGCACACUUAGCGAUUGAGGAAAGUUACAAUAUUACCAUCAAAGGCGUAAACUUUAUUGAGUCGCAUGGUUCUGCAAAUUACCAGUGCUCUAUGAAACACUCGGAUCUACCUGAUGGAAAAAAACAUUUUCCGGCAACAAGAAUUAAUGAGUCCCAGAUUAUGUGUCAAAUCCCAAAGGCUGGCAUACCAAAUAUUCUGGGCUCCACUACAAGUCUACACGUUGAACUUCAGUCAAAACAGCUUGACGGCCAAACGUUGAAAG